CGAGCGGCGGGUGCUGUUGGCGGUGCCGGCGCCAUAUUGGAAGAGACGAGGCGGUGUUUUUUUUUUAAACACCCCACCCAACCUCCUCCCCCCGCCUCGCCCGCCUCAGAAACAAACCGAGGCGCCUUUCUUAAGCCACGGGCCUCGCCGCCGCAGCCGCCGCCAUGUUGUACCUGGAGGACUACCUCGAAAUGAUUGAACAACUUCCCAUGGACCUCCGCGACAGGUUCACUGAGAUGCGCGAGAUGGACCUGCAGGUGCAGAAUGCAAUGGAUCAACUGGAGCAAAGAGUAAAUGAAUUUUUUAUGAAUGCAAAGAAAAACAAACAAGACUGGAGAGAAGAACAAAUGACUUCAAUUAAAAAGGAUUAUUAUAAAGCCCUGGAAGAUGCAGAUGAAAAAGUACAGCUGGCUAAUCAGAUUUAUGACUUAGUUGACCGUCACUUAAGAAAAUUGGACCAGGAAUUAGCUAAAUUUAAAAUGGAACUUGAAGCAGAUAAUGCUGGUAUCACAGAAAUAUUGGAAAGGCGUUCUUUGGAACUGGAUACACCAUCUCAACCACUGAAUAAUCAUCAUGCACAUUCACACACUCCAGUAGAGAAAAGAAAGCAUAAUCCCUCAUCUCAUCACUCAGCAACAGAUCAUGUCCCCGAAAAGAAGUUUAAGUCUGAAGCUCUUCUGUCAACUCUCACUUCAGAUGCUUCUAAAGAAAAUGCACCAGGGUGUCGAAACAGUAAUUCAUCAUCCUCAUCCAACAGUGCAUAUAAUGCAAAUUCUUCUCAGCCAUUGGCAUCGUAUAACCUGGGCUCAUUAUCUUCAGGAGCUGGAGCUGGUGCUAUUACCAUGGCAGCAGCUCAGGCAGUGCAAGCCACAGCACAGAUGAAGGAAGGAAGACGGACAUCAAGCUUAAAAGCAAGUUAUGAAGCUUUUAAGAACAAUGACUUCCACCUUGGAAGAGAAUUCUCAUUAUCCAGAGACUCAGCUGGAUAUUCAUCAUCUGCUUUGGCAUCUACGUUGUCACAGACAUUGAAUUCUACAACCACAGAUUCACGGAGUGGUCGAAAAAGCAAAAGCAACAACAAGUCUUCUAGUCAGCAGUCUUCCUCAUCUUCUUCAUCUUCAUCUUUAUCAUCAUGUUCCUCAUCCUCUGCUCUGGCACAAGAACUGUCUCAACAAGCAGCAGUAAUACCAGAGUCAGAAGCUAACAGUCAAGUUGAUUGGACCUAUGAUCCAAAUGAGCCACGUUACUGCAUCUGCAAUCAGGUCUCCUAUGGUGAAAUGGUGGGCUGUGAUAACCAGGAUUGUCCUAUAGAGUGGUUCCAUUAUGGCUGUGUUGGAUUGACAGAAGCACCGAAAGGGAAAUGGUAUUGUCCACAGUGCACUGCUGCAAUGAAGAGAAGAGGCAAUAGGCACAAAUAAGUGUCUUGUUCACGUCAUGCCAGUGAAUAAUGUCAUGCUACUUUUGGGGUGUGGGGCAGGAGGGAAUGCUUCUUUGCAGCCAGUCAAAGGAGGAUUGAUAUAGCUGUCAUAAAAGUUUUUUCUUAAUUUUGCUAGCUGUGUUUUAAUAUUGUACCUAAAUUAUUUAUGCACUAUUGUGCUAUAAAUACUUUUCCAAUUAGCCAUGGAUUGGUCCGGGGCAGAUAUAUGCAGACAUUCGUACUCAAAAUGUUUUCUCUAAGCAGUGGGCAUUCUGCAAACCUUCAGUCUUCAGAUAAACCAAGCAAAUGGAGAACUUGAUUGGCUUUGUAUUCAACCUGCAUUCUGCUGCAUGUCCUGUACUCAAGAGCUGUUGUGUGGAAGUUUGUGUCUAUAAGCAGUACAGAAAGUCAGAAUGUAAAGAAAAAUGAUUUCCCCCCCAGAUGCCUUUAUAGAUUUGUUCCUUGUUGAAACUGAAUUCAGCAGGCUGAAGAAAAUGAUUCUUGUAUUCUGGAUUAGUGUCCUUUAGAGUACUUAAGUACAUGAAAAGAAACGUGUGUACACUUGAAACAAGCAAAAAAACAAAACUGUACCACUAGUCUUGUGUGUUUGGGGCCAUUGAGGGCACAAGUAAUUAAAAAUGGUGUUAAAGUGGAAGACUUUUAUACCAAAUGCGUUUAUUUUUAUUUUUUGUGUGCAAGUGAUCCUUUAGAUUGAAACUGUAUUAGGUGUUAAAAAUUUUUAAAAGUUAAACGCUAGCAUUAAUGCUUUGCAUACUUUAUCAAAAAAAAAACAAGUACAGUAAAACAUUUCAUGGAAGCUUUCAUAAUAUGCUGUCUAACUGGAGGAUUUUAAAUAGUUUUUAUUUUUUUAAAAAAUAUAUAUAAAUAAAAAGUUUCAGUCUAACAAACUAA